AGUUGAGCAUGGCCUACCGUUGGUAUCGUAUGUUAAAAAAAAUAAAGCGCACCGACAUUCGGCUAAACUUGGCAAAGUAAAACAGAGACUUAUUCCGAGUGUGGAUACAUGAAUUUAUAUAUAUAUAUAUAUGUAUAUUAGGAAUAUAUCGCGGUACACAUACGACAAUUUGCUGUUGCAUUCGAGUGAUUGGGCUUUGGAGCGCAUUUCUUGCAACGAAAAGGAAUCGCAUCAAGUUUAUACUACGUGGAUCUAAAUCUAUAUAUAAAUUGCAUGAGUGUAUAUCUAUAUAUAAAUAGAUAGGUUGGAACAAGUUGAACCAUACCUGUGCACCGUGUGUGUUUUUUUUUUCGUUGCAGCUCGUGCACACAUUGUACAACAUUCUCUCGCAUAGAGGAGUGCUGAGCAUUUUGAGUGCGGUCGCAGGAAAAGACAUUAUAAUCGGGCUUAGAGAGUUGAUCCCGCGAAGAGCUGAGUUGUGUGUUUGCCAGUUGUGCCGUUUUUAUUUGAUUAUUGCCAGUGUGAUCGUACGUUCUUUCGCUCUCUGUGUGUGCUGUUUUCUCUCUGCAUGUGUAACAGGUGCCUGAAGCCUACUUCGGCAUGCUCACACACUGAGUGGUUGGUGUUCAGUGAAUUGUAGAACGUUGCGCGCAACUACAGCAUCUCUCCACCAGAGACGAACGACAAAAACGACGACGACGACGACGAUGACGACGACGACGAGAGUCAACGAGCAAAUAGAGGCAUAGAUACAUCACAUACAGUGCGCACGACUGAUACCAAUCUCAUCGUGCAUUUGAAAAACUGUAUUUCCGCAUAACGGAUAUUUUGUUUGGCCGUUCAUUUGUUUUGCCUGUGUCUAUCUCUCUCACAUACCGCGCUCACGCUCUUUUCAUUAUUUUGCCAUCGUAUUUAUCUAUUUAAUUAUUUGAUUCGUUCAUUUGUUUAUUCGUUGAACAUAAAUGGUCGCGCUGUGUGUGUCAAUGCGCGUACACUUUACCAUCAUCACCAUCGUCGACAUCAUUCAUACUUUUGGUUGACCAGCAAUUGGUUUUUUUUGUUUUGUGUAUCUCGGCAUUUAAUUGAAUUUUUCCUACUUCGUUUGACUGGUGUUUUGUAUUUUUUUUUUUUUAAAGAACCAUAAUUAUCAGUGCGUGUGUGUGGUAUUUUAACGUUUGCUCUCUCAUACAUUGUCGCGCGAUAUAGGUUCAUCGAAGCCAUAGAAGUGUCGGGUGGUUUUGUGAUUGUGCAGUCAAAUGUAGACCAGCCGCUGUAAUUUUUUGUUUAUUUCUCUUUUCUGUCGACAACAAAGUGCAUUUCUAUUUAUUGUUUUGUAAUCACACCAUUAUUCCUUCAUAAGUGUAUAUUGUUCAUAAAUUAUUAUGUAUUAAGUGCUUCGUUUGUAAGGCUUUCACGAGAAACGAAAAGAGAAAAAAUAAUUUUCUGUGUCAUAUCGAUCGUUCAAUACAUACACAAACAUUCGUAACGAGAAAAGCAAACCCAUUUGAAAUAUACACAUCGCUUGAAUUUUGUCAAAAUCAACGAAAAAAUAACCAAAAGUAAAUGACUUACAACCAGGAAAUAACAUUUUGGUUUUUAUUUCGGUUAACAACGGAAUAAAAUGCUUACCAAAAACCGUAAACAAACAGUUGACAACACAAAUUCCCGGGCUUAAUCAUCGAGUGUGCAUCGGCAUUUGCAAACGAAUGCAAACGCAAGUGAGUGAGUGUGUAUAUUUGGAAGAAAAAAAAAGAAGGAAAGAAACAAGUAAAUCGAGUGCCAUCGAAAGUGCGCACGUUUGCUGAUUAUAUUCAUAUACCAAAUGGAAUUGAAAAUCAAAUGCUGUGCCGUUCGAAAAUUGCGACAGAUUCAUUGGUUGGCUUUGUUGGUAUCACUAAACAUACUAUUAUGUAGAGCAACGAUUGGCACAUGGGCCAAAAAUCAACUAUGCGAAGUAGAAACUGGCCAAACGAACAUCAUCUUAGACAUCGAGGAGAGUCGUGAAAAUUUCAUCGAUCAACGUACAACUCCGCCCGAGCUACCCAUUUUCGGUGAUCCAUACACGGAAAUCGCAUUAGAAUUGAACUUUGCCAAAGGCAAUCCAAUAUUCUUGCUCAAUGGCAAAUCAUUGCAACUACUGCAGCCACUUGACCGUGAUGCUGAAAACCUUAGUCAUAUUAUAUUUCAGGUCUCAUGCACAAUCCGAUCAUCAAGACGAAAACGAAAUAUUCCAGUUAUAGUGCGCGUGUCCGAUAUCAAUGAUAACGCUCCAGUAUUUCAAAAUACACCGUACGAAACAACAGUGCCCGAGUCGACCCAAAUUGGAACGACCGUUUUCAAGGAUCUUUCUGCAAAAGAUAUUGAUGCUGGCGUCAAUGGAUUAGUCGAAUAUUUUAUCAUCGAAGGCACGAACAAUUACACCAGCGAAGUUACGCUCACAGCAAACGAUGGAUAUGGCAUUUUUUCCAUUCCGUUUCCACAUCAGGGUCAAAUUACCUUAUCAAAAAGCCUAGACUAUGAACGAACACAGAAAUACUAUUUAACCGUCAUUGCAUCGGACCGAGCGCGAAAUGUGUCAGAACGAAUGACGGCAACGUCAACGGUUGUGAUAAAUGUUCAAGAUUCCGAUGACUUGGAUCCAUCUUUUAUCUAUGGUGGAUGUGUUCUACUUGACGGCGCCUGUAUAAAUCCCGAGUAUACGGCAUCGGUUUCGGUUGGUGUGCUGCAAGGUGUUCUACCCGUUCACCCGGAACGUAUUCAAGCCGUAGAUUUAGAUACGAUCAGUGCACCGAUUCGAUAUUCGUUUGCAAAAGGAUCGCCAUCAAACUAUAACGAGUAUUUUGCCAUCGAUGAAAGUACGGGCAUUCUAAAGCAUAUCAAAGUAGUCGAGGCAAAUGUGGCAAAUGAAUUUGAAAUUGUGGUUAAGGCUGAAGAGGUUUCGCCACAGAAGCGCUUCACAAUAGCCAAAUUAACCAUUAAAGUGAAGAAAAUGGACACGAGUCCACCGGUGAUUAAUGCAACAGCUGUUGUCGGUUUUGUUGAUGAAAACUCAUCGAUUGGAACGAAAGUGUUGAACGCAAACGGCAAACCCAUCUUAUUUUCAAUCACCGAUGAAGAUUUAAAUACGGCCGAUCCAAAGCCAGAGUAUAUUUUUGAAUUAACAACGCCAUCGUUCCUCAUUUCGAAAUCUGGUUAUUUGACCGUCAACGAGGAAGGUUUAGAUCGUGAUCCACCCAAUCCGGGUGUGUAUCGAUUUCAAUUGGUAGCUCGUGAAGCAGCUUCAAAUGCGGCCAGUGCACCGCUUAGUAUGACAGUAACGUUGAUCGAUAAGAAUGAUAACGCACCCAAAUUCCAAAUGUACGAUCCGGUUAAUGUGAAGGCUGGUGAAAACCGACGUUUCGUCGCUCAAAUCACAGCAACCGACAAUGAUGAAGGUGAAAAUGCAGUGAUCACCUAUUCAAUCUAUCACGUGUCAAACAAUGGAAUGAAUAAAUUUAUGAUCAAUGAAAAAACCGGUGUGAUUGAAACCAAAGGCAAAUUGGUAUCGGGUGAACACUAUAGCAUCACGGUUCAAGCGACAGACAUCGGUCAGCUGUCAUCACAAACGAUUGUCGAAGUUUAUGUAACACCUGGUCCAAAUUUGCGACCGCCUAAAUUCACAAAACCAGUUUAUGAAGUGCAAAUUAGUGAGGGUGCUGAAAUUAAUUCGUCCGUUGUAAAUGUUCAUGCUGAAGAUCCGGAGAAUGAAACCAUUUCGUAUACGAUUGUGUCCGGUGAUGAUUUGCGGCAAUUUAGCAUGCAUGACAAUGGUAUCAUAACGGUCAGUAGGAAAUUGGAUCGUGAAGAUUUAACGCGUUAUCAAUUGAUAAUUCGUGCUGAAGACACGGGCGGUUUGUCGAGCAGUGCCACCAUUAACAUUAAGGUGACCGAUAUCAAUGACAAAAAUCCCGAAUUCGAUGAUCAAAUGAAUCCGUACGUGUUUGUGGUGGAUGAAGGCCGUGAAAAUGGCUUUGUUGGUUUUGUUCAUGCGCACGAUGCCGACGAAGGGAUCAAUGCAAAAGUGUCAUACUAUUUGCCCGAAGAUGUACCGUUCAAAAUCAACGCGUCGACCGGUGAAAUUCGAACAAAAGUGAAACUCGAUUACGAAACCAAAUCCAUGUAUAAAUUUAUGAUUACGGCAAAGGAUGGAGCUACUGAACCGCGAAUCGGUACGACAAUGGUGACAGUUCGCGUCAAUGACAUACCCGAUGAGGUGCCAACAUUCACCGAUACCUUGAUCGAAGUGAAAGUACCCGAAAAUAUACCAAAUUAUCAUUUGACCACGGUUAAAGCCGUCGAUCCGGAUUCGGUGAAGCAAAUCACAUAUGCGUUACGUGACGGUCGCAGCGAUCUAUUUAAAGUAGAUGCAAAAACUGGUGAAGUGAAGACAAUCCGUAAUUUAGAUUAUGAAGCCGAUAAAAAGCAUGAAUUGAUCAUUGGUACACUUGAAAAUGUGGGAAAUCAAACGGGCGAUUUUGUACGCGUUGUUGUUAUGGUCGAGGAUCGAAAUGAUGUGACUCCAGUGUUUACGCAUAUUUUGGGACCAAUAACAUUGAAUGACGAUCAGGUGAUUGGCAGUGAAGUGGCCGAAGUUAAAGCUACCGAUGGCGAUGGCUCGUAUCCAGGCAAUGCCGUGCGCUAUGAAAUCGUUGGCCGUGGUAAAGCAUUGGCUUACUUCCAAAUCGAUUCGGAAAGUGCGGUCAUUAAAAUCAAAGAGCUGCUCAGCAAAGACGAUGACACGGAAUAUCAAAUCGAUGUACGCGCUUAUGAUUUGGGCGAACCACAAUUGGCCGCCAUCACAUCGUUGACGGUAUUUGUGCGACACAUGAACAAUGACGAUCAGGCAGUAAACAAUACCGUUUAUUAUAACAAAGAAUCGGCUCCGAUUAACUUGGGACACACCGAAAUGAUUGAUGUUGGUUUCUCAAUGGACGCCUAUAAAUGCAGCAUUUCCGAAGCGAUUCGUGUGAAUUCGACCAUAAAAUUCCUAGAAAUUGCAAACAUUGACAACGUUCGAAAGCAAAAUUUGCGUUUAAAAUGCGAAGUAACGCAUGGAGAUGAAAGUGAAACGUUCGUUGCUACGUUGAUUCAAAACUCGUGCGUUAUCAGCUUGAGAAAGCCAUUAGACUAUGAAAUUAAAAAGCAAUACGAGUUAACAGUGACGAUAUCAUCGGAAAAGUAUUACAUUAAUCCGAUGAAAAAUUUAGCAAAAAUCACCAUUGCCGUGUUGGAUGAAAACGAUAACGCUCCAGAGUUUAUAAUUGAGUCGAGCUUGGGUCCGAAUGCCAAAAAUAACACUUAUUAUGCGACAGUGCAGCCGGAAGCUUUUAUCGAUAUGUCAAUCCUUCAAGUGAAGGCGAUCGAUAAGGAUUCGGGCGAUUAUGGAAAAAUCAAGUAUCGCAUCUUCGAUGACAGUUCAUUGAAUGAUUCCUCGAAACCAAGCAGUUACUUUGUUAUUGCUGAAGAUACCGGUGUGUUGAAAGUGCAACGCAGCUUGAAAUCCGUUCAAAAACUACCGCUGAUCUUUUUCACCGAGGCAAUUGACAAUAAUGGCGAUUUGAUGGACGAGAAAACGAAACGAACUAAAGCUCGAAUUGUGAUAAACUUUUUAACCGAUGCCAAUCGGUUGGCACUUGCUUUUUCGGACUUACCACCAAAAUCGUUGCGCGUCCACUCCAACUCGCUGAAGCAAUUGCUGGCGGAGAAAUCCCAUGGAAACAUUGUAAUGAUCGAAGGUUUUAGCAAUCGACAAUAUUUGAAUGAUAAUGGUUUGAUGGAGGAAAACCCAGACGCAACGGAUGUUUGGUUCUAUAUCAUCGAUCCGAAAACGGAGAAAAUUUUGGAUCGAAACGAUGCACUCAUCCAAUCGCAAUUCUUCGAGAAAAUUGCUCAAACUGACAUCAAUUACGAAGCAUCGAAUAUUGCCCGUGCCACGGCCCAGGGCAUUUUCAGUCCCGUUGCUGGUGGUGAUGAUCAAAUAAAAAAGACAAAAACGGCGGUCAUUGUUAAAAGUGACGUUUUCCCAUACACACUGAUCGCAGUUGCUUUGCUCAUUUUGAUUUUUGGCCUAUUCGGCAUCAUCUACAUGUGCAGAUCGUGGGCGAAGUACACAAAUUUCAAACAAAGCAUGAGACAAUACACAGCCGCUUCGAUAAAUACAACGUCAAGCAUCAAAAAUUAUGACACCAUGAACACGAUGAUGGUGAGCAGUCGGCCGAAUUCACAGCACAGCGACACACAGUCACAGUUGAAAGAGUACGAAACUCAAGUGCUCGCAAUGGCCGUCAACAAUGACGAAGUCGACGAUCUACAAUUGGAUUUUAGCUCAAAGAAUCAUGCAUUUAAUUUAGACAACGUCAGCUAUAUUACACAUAAGAAAAAUGGCGGAAAUAGCCCAACCCAUUCGUCAGCGACAACAGCAGGAAUGUCGACAGUACAACGCAAUAUGAACAAUCACCCGAAUAUGCAUGAGGAGAGCACAUUAAGCCGAAACAUGCGACUGCAAUCGAAUGCCAUUGCACCAAAUGCCAUUAAUGAUCACUUAAACAUAGGUUCACUCACAUUAGGAAGAAUUAAGCCACAUAGAAAUAGCAGUCAGUAUGGUUAUGGAUCAAAUCAUACUGAACGAACCUAUGAAAAUAAUUUCAAUACGCUCGGGCGAAAUAAUCGGAUACCAGCAUCGCCACCCGCUCAAUUUGAAGCGUCUCGAAUGAUGGGAUCGAGACUUAGUUUUCAGGAUAAUAUGCAUGACGUAUCGCCAGUGUCAAACUAUUACUCAAGGAUUCUUGACGGUCAGAAUCAUUCUCGAUGCAAUGAAAAUGUUACGUUUAGCAAACGUGACUAUAAUGACUUCAAUUUUAUGUACUUGAACGGUUUGGAUCGUUCCGAAGCCGAGACUACAACAGAACUUUAACGAACUGCAACUAGGAAAUCUCAACUCAAUUUAUUUGUACUGAUAAAAAUGAAGAAGGAGAAGAAGAAUGAAAUGAACGAAUGUAAAAUAGUUUUAUUUAAAGCAAUUUUUAAGUAUACCGACAAAUGAGCAUAUCUUUCUUCCAAUUUAUUUAAUUUUUUUUUUUUUUGCAGAUAUUUUUAAUAAAAUUUUAUUUAUAGAAAAUGUCAAUGAAACUAUAUUUGAAAAAAGAAGAGAAAUGGUGUUUUAUUUAAAU